UGAGGUAGAGCAUCAUUUGUAUGUCAGGCUCAAAUCCGUGUAAUAAAAACGAUACUUUCUAUGUAUAAAUGUGUAGUGUGAACUGUGAAACAAAGGCCGUCGUUAAAUUUGAAUGGGGCUUAUCCAGUCUGACUGUUCUGUCACGGAGAGAUUGCGUAAACGCACUGACGUCAUCAGGCUUAUCAUGGAGGAGUAUGCCCGUGAACCAUGUCCAUGGAGGAUUGUUGAUGACUGUGGGGGUGCCUUUACCAUGGGAGCCAUUGGAGGGGGAGUGUUCCAGACUGUUAAGGGAUUUCGGAAUGCUCCUGUGGGUGUACGACACAGGCUAAGAGGGAGUGCAAAUGCAGUGAGAGUCAGAGCACCACAAAUUGGAGGUAGUUUUGCUGUGUGGGGUGGAUUAUUUUCCACUAUAGAUUGUGGUCUGGUGCGUUUGCGGGGUAAAGAAGACCCUUGGAACUCCAUCACCAGUGGAGCCAUGACUGGAGCUAUACUGGCUGCACGCAGUGGUCCACUGGCUAUGGUGGGCUCUGCAAUGAUGGGGGGAAUUCUUCUUGCUCUUAUUGAGGGCUUUGGGAUACUCCUUACUAGAUACACAGCACAGCAGUUUCAGAACCCGAGUCCCUUUGUGGAGGACCCGAGUCAGCUUCCCCCCAAAGAAGGAGGUCGAGAAACCCAUGGUUUUGGACAGUAUUAGUAAAACCAUUUUGCAGGGACGACUGUGAUAUAUUAUAUUAUAGGCUGUGAAAAAUUUGAGGUCUGUUUAUAAGUCUUGCACAGUUUACAGCACCCUCCAAAGUUGGGGAGUACUGACCUGAAUUAUCCUGUAUAAGAGACCACUCAGGGGCAAAUAGACGGUAAUUUGUAGUAUUAAUAAAUUGUAAUGUGCACUUUGGUAUUUUCUUAUAUUGCAAAGGGAAGGUGUAGCGCAUAACUUCGGUCAAAUUUUUUUUAGUUUAUACCUGCAGUAUUUCAACAUUGUUUUGAAAGGAAGAAAUGGAAAAUAUUUUAACAACAAAAGCAAAUGUGAAGCAAUAAUGUAAACGAGCAAUGCAUGGCUGUGCUCUAUUUUUCUAUGUAUUUCUGUUUUUUAAAUAUGCAGUAAGUAUAUGUCAUUUUUGACAUAAAAAAUGAGAUUUUUUUCAGUGUUAAAUUGGGACUUUUUGCUUAUGUGAUACCUCAAGCAUCACCUUCAGUAAUGUACUGAAAUUUACAUAAAUUAAUGUAUUUCUUUAUAUCCCUAUAUUGACUAUGUGCAGUAAAAAAAACACUUUUGAAAUAGAUAUGGAAUAAUUGUUUGUCUACCAAAUGAAUUUCACUUUCGUACUGAUCAGUCUCCUAUUCUCUGUUACAAUCAUUGUGCAUUUUUAGGUCAUUUGUUUGAAGCACUACAGUGAAAAGAAAGACUGUUUUCUUAAAGUAUUUCGUGCUUGAUAAGGUUUAAUAAGACUAUUACGUAUGUUUUUAUUCCACUAAAAUGUACAGUAGUGAAACCAAAAAUAU